AUGGCAGGGAACCUGAAGAAGGGUGGAGGGAUCAUCGGCAUGAUGAAAGAUGCCUUCCAGCCACACCAUCACCAUCUGCACUCCCAUCACCCACCGGGGGCCGUGGACAAGAAGACGGUGGAGAAGUGCUGGAAGCUUAUGGACAAGGUGGUGCGUCUUUGCCAAAACCCCAAACUGGCUCUGAAGAACAGCCCUCCUUACAUCCUAGACCUGCUCCCUGACACCUACCAGCACCUGCGCACCAUCUUGUCACGCUAUGAGGGCAAAAUGGAGACUUUGGGGGAUAACGAGUACUUUCGUGUUUUUAUGGAAAACCUCACCAAGAAGACAAAACAGACCAUCAGCCUGUUUAAGGAGGGCAAGGAGCGCAUGUACGAGGAGAACUCCCAGCCCAGGCGAAACUUGACGAAGCUGUCGCUGAUCUUCAGUCACAUGCUCGCGGAGCUGAAGGCCAUCUUUCCCAAUGGCCUGUUUCAGGGAGAUAACUUCCGCAUCACAAAAGCGGAUGCUGCAGAGUUUUGGAGGCGUUCCUUUGGGGACAAAACCAUUGUGCCUUGGAAGGUUUUCCGCCAGUCUCUGCAUGAGUUUCAUCCCAUCAGCUCAGGACUGGAAGCCAUGGCUCUGAAAUCCACCAUAGACCUCACCUGCAACGACUACAUUUCGGUGUUUGAGUUUGAUAUCUUCACCAGGCUGUUCCAGCCCUGGUCGUCACUGCUGCGGAACUGGAACAGCUUAGCAGUUACUCAUCCGGGAUACAUGGCCUUUCUUACAUACGACGAGGUCAAAGCGCGUUUACAAAAAUUCAUUCAUAAACCUGGAAGUUACAUCUUUCGCCUGAGCUGUACACGGUUGGGGCAGUGGGCCAUAGGCUAUGUGACCGCCGAUGGUAAUAUCCUCCAAACCAUACCCCACAACAAACCUCUGUUCCAGGCUCUCAUUGAUGGCUUUCGUGAAGGAUUUUAUCUAUUUCCUGACGGCCGCACACAGAAUCCUGACCUGACUGGACUGUGCGAGCCAUCACCUCAAGAUCACAUCAAAGUAACUCAGGAGCAGUAUGAGCUGUACUGUGAGAUGGGCUCCACCUUUCAGCUGUGCAAGAUCUGCGCCGAGAAUGACAAGGAUGUGAAGAUCGAGCCCUGUGGUCAUCUCAUGUGCACAUCAUGUCUCACUGCCUGGCAGGAAUCCGAAGGUCAGGGAACGGGCUGUCCGUUCUGUCGUUGUGAAAUUAAAGGUACCGAACCCAUUGUUGUGGACCCAUUCGAUCCCAAAGACAACAGCGGGGGCUUCGGUAGAGGAAGCUUUGGGGCAGAAGGCGCUCCCUCUCCCAGUUAUGAUGACGAUGAUGAUGACAGACUUGAAGAUCCACACCUUAUGAUGAGCAAACUGGCCUGUAGCAAGGUGGAGCGCCCUCCUUCACCCAUGUCUUUAGCCCCACAGUCCUCCCUACCCCCUGUUCCCCCGAGACUAGAUUUACUACCACCGAGACCAUCAAAUCCUUCUGGAGCCUCUAGUCCAGGGGUGACCAGUAAAGCAGCGUCCCUCCACAAAGACAAGCCCCUCCCCUUGCUGCCAUCACUCAGAGAUCUGCCCCCACCGCCUCCCCCGGACCGCCCUCACUCCGCCGGGGCCGCUGCUGACGUGCGGCUCCAGAGGCGGCCCUUACCGUGCACUCCAGGGGACACUCCUCGAGAGAAGCUCCCCCCCACGCCUCCACUCCGGCCCCCAGCGGACUGGAACUCACGACCGGUUCCCAAAGCCCCCACUUCCUCAGCGUCUUCUUCCUCUUCGUCCAGUCAAGGGGGAGACUCGCGAGCAGGUGUCCGCGAGCUCUCCAACCGACACUCCCUGCCACUGGCACUGCCCUCUUCCCUGGAAACACGCUCCGACUCGCCCAAGAACAACAGCUCUCCCUGUUUGGACCACCAGCUGAAUUUGGCCGCAAUUGUUGGUCAAGAAUACGACAAUCCCAAAGUGAAGCCCUCUGCUUCAGCAAAUGCCAUUUACUCUCUGGCCAGCAGGCCGUCGUCAGUGCACCGGCCGCUGAGUGCAGACGAGACACGGGACAGAGGAGAGGAGUCGGAGUACAUGAUUCCCUCGUCCCGGCCUGUUCUGCCCCCCAUCACCACUUCUCCUACUGCUGACCCGCCUCCUGUCCCACGACCACCGCAGCUUUUGCCACAGACGCAGGCGGCUUCGCUCAACUCACGGAUGGUUCUGGCUGAUGACGAGGACGGACCUCAAACGUAUGAAGCCAUGUACAACAUUCAGGCAAAGUCUCAGCAAGCCACAGACUCUGACUACUCUGAGUUGCCUCCCUUGGCACUGUCCAAUGGGCCCAGAGAUCUCCCAUCUGAAGAGAGAGGAGAGCAAGAGAACGGUUAUGACUUUCCCAAACCAAGAGUCCCGCUGCCCCCAACCCGCCGCACCCUGUCAGAGCUGGGAGGGUCUUCAUCUUCAUCUUCAUCAUCCUCUUCUUCUUCUUCUUCUUCUUCGGUUACUGCUUUCAGUCGCCUGUCUCUGGACUCGGAUGCUGGACUCGGAUCUUUCACAGAGCCUGUGGAGGCUCCAGAGAGACCCCCGAAGCCCUUACCGAGGCGACUCAACUCUGAGCGUCGGCCAAGCCCAGUCCCACCUUUGCCCCCAGUGCCCUUGGUUGCAGGCCCCCCCCAGAUCACCAGUGAGAUCGAGCUGCUGUUGAGUCAGGGAUACUCGCACCAGGACAUCCAGAAAGCCCUGAUGAUUGCACAGAACAAUGUGGAAAUGGCCAAGAACAUCUUGCCUCAGCCUCCUUUGGCUUGUUGGGUGAAGGUUGUGAGUCCAGCCUGA